ACGUGCAAAACUGAGUAUCAGCUGUGGCUGCCCUGGCCACGUGGGGCUCGAGGGGUGGGUUUUGGAAUCUGCUCAGUGCUCACAACUGAUAAAUUUGCAGGAGUGACAGAAGUCCGCGAGAACUUGGGCUCGACAAACAGAAGACAGUAAACAGGAACACUGUCGAGAAUGAGCCCACCACAAGAUAAGAGUGGAAACACCUACAGUAAGGAGCCCCUUGUGAAGUGCCUUCAAGCUAAGAAAGACUUGGAGACAGCUAUUGCUGGAAUUGUCAAGGCUGAACAACAAAUUAAAGUCAACUGGAGAGAGGUCAAAGCUCAGAUUCACAGCUGCAUCAGUCGUCAUAUGGAAUGUCUGCGCAGUCGUGAAGUUUGGCUGCUUGAACAGGUAGAUCUGAUUCAGCAGCUCAAAGAGGAAACCUUACAACAGCAAACACAUCAACUUUACUGGUUGCUGGGACAGUUCAAUUGUCUUAUUCACCAACUGGAACACCCCCAUAGUAAUGAUCUAGUCAAUCAGAUUUCAGUGUGCCUGGAGAGAUUUGGCAGUCUAACUCUCAAACCAGAAGAGUCUUCAAACUUGAACUUUGAGGCUGAUGCAUCUUUUCUUCGCCAGGCUAUCAUGUCCUUUGGCUCAAUUAAAACCCUUCAAACUCCUGAGAGAGUGUGUGCUCCUUCUCCUUGGAUGUCGGUGCAGAACUGCCCACUGGCCCAGCAUGAGCAACAGAAACUGUUGUCUGGAAUAUUGGGUUCCUCACUCAGUGACUGGCUACUUGGAAGCAAAUCUUCUAGCAUUUGCCGUGCUCCAUAUGUUCCCAGUGCCAACCCUGAUGACUGGCUUAUGAAAAAACAUGUACCAGAAAUGAGCCAGGAUUUAAACUCUUCCAAAGUCUGUUACUUUGAGGAAGCCUGGGGAAGUCUGAAAGAUUUGGAAAACUGGCUCCUGCAGAAUCAGCAAAGAGAAGAAGCUUCUGAAAAAAUAGAUCCUCAUAAGCACAAGAGCUCCAAUUCCAUUCCCUGCUCCUCCUUUUCCACUGAAAAGACGGAUGAACUGGAGUUGCUUGAGCAAGAAGAGAUGGACUUUUCUGACUGGCUACUUGCUCCUUCUGACACAGAAAAUGGAAGUAGUGCCUCAGAAGAGAAAUGGGAGUGCAUGUUUAAACCUUUUAGGGAGGAAUAUAACAUAAAUGAUUGGCUUCCCAGAGCUGACUCCUGCACUAACUGUCAUGGCAACCAGGCCCAGGGUGUAGAGAUAGAGAACCUUGGAAAUCUUAAGUGCCUGAAUGAGCAUCAGGAUGUGAAGAAAUCACCCAUAGUAUCCACUAAUAAUGUCUGGCUUCUGCAGCACCCACAGACUCCAUUUAAAGUGCAAGACGUGUGCAAAGCAAAUGAGCCGUGCACUAGCUUUUCAGAUUGUGUGUGUGAUGAAAGCUGUGAAAAGGAAGCUCUGUGUAGAUGGCUCCUGAAGAAAGAGGGGAAGGAUAAAAACGGCAUUCCAGUAAGCCAGACGCCUGUAGUGAACCCUGAGCCAGAGAAGACUAAAUCUGCUGUCAACAUCUGGCUUCAUCCCUCCAGUCAGUUUACAGAGGCGUCUGCUACUACCACAGUGAAAUUGGAUAGUUCAGUGAAGGUUAUAGAACCUCUGAAGGCAUUGCUUGAGAGUCCAUUGACAACUUGGCUAGUCAAAUCAGAGCACAAAGCAGCAAGCACAGAAGAAAAGGCAAAAAGAGAGAAGUCAGAAGUUAGCUUUAAAAGUCCCUUUGUAGAGCUCCUGGCCCCGUUCCACCUUCCUCUGAAUGUCAAUAGUUGGGUGUUUUCCUCAGAGAAUAUAGAAAACAUCAGCCAGCCUCCAGUGGAAGAUAAAUGGCUGCUACGCAAGAAGGCACAAGACUAUGGGCUUCCUACAGUUUGUGAUCUUUUUGCCUGUAUGAAACUGAAUGGUGAUAGAGAAAAGUGGCUGUACCAGACUCCUUUACAGAAGUAAAGAAACUGAAGAAAUAAAACAAG